AUGCGGCCUCAGGGAUUUAAAAAUGCAUCCGCUGUGCACACGGCCUCCAUCCAAGUACGGCUAUUGAUUUCCUUGCCUACAGAGAGAAGGUGGAUAUCUCUUAUGAUGCCAAUUUCAGGAUCCAAUGAGAGUAUGAUGAACAUGUUGGAUGAUGGUACCUCUGGCAGCAACAGGAUACGGAUCUCAAAGCAAGAAUGCUGUAUGGUUGGCUCAAUGGUAUGCAUGGUAUUGGAUCUACAAAGCAAAAUCCGUUAA